UCUGCUGGCCACCUGCACCACCAUACUUGACGCCGCGCUCGGCUGUGCCAUCUGGCCUCUCCAGCUCGGCCCUAUCGAUAGAACCACGACUCAGCUUUCGAGGCUUCGCGCUUUGCCACGGCGAGACCACGACCACCCGCUUAUCACGGCUGCGUAUUACUGAACGGGGGCCGAGAUAGAGUCUCUGGAGACUCUUUGCGGACACGAUGCUGGAGGAUAAAUAUGUCGGUUUGGCCCUGGCGGUAACGUCGUCUUUGGCAAUCGGCACAAGUUUCGUCAUCACCAAAAAGGGAUUGAACGAGGCCGCAGACAAACAUGGAUUCGAAGGCGAUGGCUACUCAUACCUACGAAGCCCUACGUGGUGGGCAGGCAUCGUAACAAUGGUGCUCGGAGAAAUCUUCAACUUUGCAGCAUACGCCUUUGCGCCGGCUAUACUGGUGACCCCACUGGGUGCACUCAGCGUGCUUAUAGGCUCUGUUCUAGGCUCGUACUUUCUCAACGAAAAGUUGGGACUGCUCGGAAAGAUUGGAUGCGCCAUAUGUUUAAUAGGAUCUGUCAUUAUUGUGCUCCAUGCGCCGCCAGAUCAACCUGUUGAAUCCAUCGACGAAAUCCUGAACUUUGCAAUUCAACCAGGGUUCUUGAUUUACUGCCUCAUUACUGCGAUCUUCGCCAUCGUCAUGAUAUAUAAAAUCUCCCCCAAGUACGGCCGCAAAAACCCCCUCAUCUACCUCUCCAUCUGUUCAACUGUCGGAUCCGUCUCUAUCAUGGCCAUCAAAGCGUUCGGCAUUGCAUUGAAGAUGACUUUCGCGGGCAACAACCAAUUCACACAUCCUUCAACCUACGUUUUCGUCAUUGUCGUGAUCGUUUGCAUUCUUACGCAAAUGAAUUACUUCAACAAGGCACUGAGCCAAUUUUCGACAAAUAUUGUCAACCCUCUCUACUACGUGACUUUUACGACAUGCACAUUGGUCGCGUCCUUCAUCCUCUUCCGCGGCUUCAACACUACCUCAGCUGUCAAUACCCUCUCCCUCCUUUGCGGCUUCUUGAUCAUCUUCUCCGGCGUAUACCUACUCAAUCUCUCCCGCGAAGACCCAGACGGCAACAAACACCUUGGAAACCGCUUGACCGACGCUCCACCCGCAGAUGGCAUCUCAGGCGUCUACACACGGCGAAGCAUGCAAGCGAGGAGGAGCAGCAUUGAAAACGGCUUCCGAAGCCCAUACCUCGGCGGUGGUAGCGCGAGAAACAGUUUCAGCGAACGAGAAGGCCUAGUGCGCAGUUACGACGUCGAAAAUCAGAGCUUCGGCCUCGGCGAGCUGGUCGAAGACUCAGAUGAAGGCGAGGCCGGCGGCAAACGCACAAGCUUCGACGAAGUGUUACCUGGUGCCAACGGCAAUGCUAGUGGAAGCGUGCACGUCAAGAAGCAGAGUCUCCGGGGUGGAAUGAAGGGCUCUGAACGGUGAUUCCGCACACCGCAAGUUCUGCUUUCUUGUUGGCCUGCCUGCAUUCUGAACCUAGGCUUGUCGAUCCUUGUACAUAAGAUUCUGGAAAGGCUCCCUCCGCCCCUUCUCCUAACGUAAAACCGCGCGCGCUGGCUGUGGCGGUGUGGCUGGCGUUUUCAUCGUUAGAAAGAGACAUAUCA